AUGGUUUGGGAAAAUUGUAAUGUAACUUUAAACUGUGGUGACGGUGGAAUCUUAUACACGGGCGAUAUUGUUACUGGAUCUGUGAUAUUAGAAUUUAAAAAGGAACAAAAAAUUAAAUAUGUUGAGUUCCAAGUUAUAGUGAAAUUAAUGGUACCAAUGAUAUUUGAGAUGAGUAAAGCAUUUACAUCAUCGGGAACAUUUUUAAUGUAUUUUAAAACGUAUAGAGGAUACGCUUCGAAGCAAAAAAUGCAGUUUGAAAUCAAUAUUCUGAAUGAGAAGAAAGUUAAAAUAAGUAAAAUUGUUGUAACAUUAAUUCAGAAACUUGAAUACAGCGUCUCUACGGGGUACGCCAACGCUGAGAAAAAAAUAUGCAAAACAGAACGUAGAGAUUUGUCGAAUAAUAUAAAAGAGAGCUUUCAAAUAUAUAUGGACGUGCCGCAAACAUCUCCAUCUAGUAUCAAUGUAGAAACUCCAAUGAUUAAUAUUUCCUAUGUGCUAAGGGUGGAAGUUAUUUUCAAAUAUCAUUUAACGUUACUUAAAGAUAUCCCAGUUACAAUCGCAACGGUUCCUGUCUUGCAUUACAGUUCAUAA